AUGCUACUAUCCCAUAUGGAAAAGGAUCGAAAAGAAACUAAUAACGAAGAAGAAAUAAGAAGAAUGAUGAGGAUUGCUAAUGUUUGCAGAAAAAUUUCUAUUGGAAGUACAUUAACUUAUUUCCUAAUCGUUAUACUCUUCGUUGUUAUUCAUCUACUAUUAAAUAUCUACAAGGGACAUGUUCUCAUAUUACGGUGUUAUUUUCCAUACGACAAACUUUCGACACCUUAUUACCAGUUAACGAUUAUUGGUCAAACAAUGGCUGGAUAUUGCACUGGUAGUACUUACACGUCUGUUGAUAUUUUCGUGGUUAUAUUAGUGUUUCAUGCUUGUGGACAAUUAUCUAAUUUGAGACAACAGCUUAAAAAUUUGUGUCAGAAAAAUGAUUACGAAUUUAAAACUAAACUUGCUCAAAUUGUACAAAAACACGAUUCUUUGAACAGAGCAUUGGAAUUGUCGAUGCAGUGUACGAAUGUCAGUGGUAUCGUUUUUCACCUGAUGAAUCUAAAUCUUUAA